AUGGAAGAAAUCUUAAAUAUUCAAAAACCUAUAAUAUUUGAUGAAUCAGUCGCUCAUUAUGAGCUUCACACUCAUCUGCCAUAUGGCGCUUCAAAAUUUAAUAAUAGUGAUGAAAUAAGAAUCGGAGUUCAACAUCAAGACUUGUGUUUAUUACCAAGUAAAAGUUCACUGCAUAUUACAGGAAAAUUUACAAAAAGUAAUGGGAAUGCUGUUGCUGCUACAACUUCUCUUGUUAAAAUGUCAAUUGCUCAUAUGUUUGAAGAAAUUCGUUAUGAAAUAAAUGGCAUUGAAGUUGAUCGUAGUAAAAAUGUUGGUCUUACAACUUUAAUGAAAGGAUAUGUAUCAUUUAACCCUAAUCAAAAAGCAUUUCUUGAAAAUGCAGGCUGGAUAAACGAUGAAAAAAUAUUUGAUAAUGAAGGAAAUUUUAAUAUAUCAAUUCCAUUGAGUAUAUUAUUAGGUUUCGCAGAAGAUUAUCGUAAAAUAAUUAUUAAUGCAAAGCAUGAACUUAUUAUUGUAAGAUCGAAUACAGAUACAAACGCAUAUAAACAGACAACUGUUGCUGAUGCUGCUGCUGAAAAUGUAAAAAUUAGUUUGGAAAAAAUUGAGUGGAUAGUGCCAUAUAUACGAGUGUCAGACAAACAAAAAAUUCAAUUACUUAAUUUUAUUGCAAAAGAUCCAUCUAUAGCAAUGAGUUUUCGUACGUGGGAGCUGUAUGAUUAUCCUUUGCUACCAGCAACAACAAAGCAUAUUUGGAGUGUUAAAACAUCAACACAACUUGAAAAACCAAGAUACGUCAUCGUUGGUUUUCAAACAGCACGAAAAAAUGUUGCAAAUAAAGAUGCCAGUCUUUUUGAUCAUUGUAAGAUGAGAGAUAUUAAACUUUUCUUGAAUUCUCAAUCAUAUCCAUAUGGUAAUCUUAAUAUUAACAUAACACAAAACCAAUAUGCUUUAUUAUAUGACAUGUUUGCUCAAUUUCAAGUUUCGUAUUACGGAAAAGAGUCAGAACCAUUAUUAACAAAAAAAGAAUACAUAGAUCAGGCUCCUCUUAUUGUGAUUGAUUGUUCAAAACAAAAUGAAUUUUUAAAAUCUGGACCCGUUGAUAUACGACUUGAAUUCGAAUCAUUCGAACAGUUUCCCGCUGAAACAUCGGCUUAUUGUUUAAUAUUACAUGAUCGCAUUGUUGAUGGUAAUAGCUCCUCACGUUCAAGUGGAAUGCAAUACGAAUCAAAAGUUGAAAAAGAAUCGAGGAAAAAUUAUUUUGAAAUAUCUAAAUCAUUGCGAGGUUCUGAACCAUAUUAUGGUUAUGUAAAGCAGGGAAAAUAUGGCUCAGUAGGAGAUCAUCGACCGAAAUAUUAA